UCAACGCUAUACGCUAUACAAAUCACAUCUUACGUGUAUCCUACAUAUUAAAAAUCAUACAAUUCUAAGCCUACCACUUAGGACUACCACCGCAUUAAACUUGGGAUCACGUACAAAGUAAAGACGUGUAUAUGUUUUGUGUGUCGGAGUAGAAAAGGUCAGGUCAAAAUGUCGACUGAGCAGCGCGGACAUGUUCACCGAGAACUGGUCAAGGGUAAACUUCGACCACCGGUGAAGCCGCCCUCCACCAAAUCGUAUACAGUUGCCCCGGCGUCGAUCAACGAAGUUAUGGUGAGAAAGCCAUCUGAGAGACAAGUGAACCGUACGUGUCUAUGAUCAAUUAAGCUCAAUCCGAGCCUCGUUUUUGACAAUCUUUUCAGACGGUCCUGUUGAGAUCUCGUCU